AUGCCGGGCCCUGCGCGAGCGUCAUAUGCGGGGCCGAGAGUCGAAAGUGCAUGUAGACAGCUAGCACCACAAGAAUUUCCUAUCGCCGGGCCUGAGACGGUUGCCCCAGUUGCCACUCCAAAAGGCAAUCCCUGAAAUUCAAUGGCUUCGUGUCUGAAAACACUCCGUGGUGAAUUCCACCUAAGGCAAUUCGGAUUCGGUGGCAUCCAGAAAGAGAGAUUCACUGCUUCUCAGUGGCGAAUCCCCAGCUGGUUGUACUUAACGUACCGUUUCGUGACGAUGGCAUACGCUUUCCUCUGGCUUAUCUACACCGCUUACCACGAUCAAGCCCCUCAGCCCUGGGGCACAUACUUGACGAACUGGACCUACAGUCUCCUAACCAUUUACCUGACCCUCCACUUCCUGACAGCUUUCUAUGAGCACGUGCGAUGCGGAUGCCUGGGUCAAGGCCGGACCUGCUACGCGUCCCUGGGAAGGGCGAGCGUGGAGAAGCACGUGAGCAUGUUCGUUGAGCCCGCGGCGGCGGGAAGCGUGCCGAGAGAGAACUUCGAGUGCGGUACUGACGACAAUUCGCGAGACAAAUUCGUGGAGGUGCCGACGGAGCCGCCUCUAGCCGCCGCUGUGGGCAGGCCUCCCUGGUACCUGUGCGUCGUGUGGGCGCUAUUUUCGACCGUGUCCACCUCUGCUGUCAUGGUGACCAUCUUGUUCUUCGCCUAUGUCUUCCCCACCAUGAAGAACGCAACCAUGACCUCCGCCGACACCCUACAACUGCACCUGUUCAACUCUGUCAUCAUAAUCGCUGAACAAAUGUUAACGGCCAUCCCCUGCCGACUCCUGCACAUUAUCUACCCACUAAUUUAUGGAAUAAUCUACGUAUUGUUUUCCUUGCUGUAUUGGGCUGUCGACCACAACAAUGUUGUCUAUUCCGUUUUGAAUUGGAACAAUCCUGGGAAGACGAUAGGCUUCGCAAUUUUCGUCUUCGCCGUGUUUACGCCGUCAGUCCAUAUUUUCUUCUUUUUUCUGUCUCGGUUGAAAAUGUACAUCUUCCAUUACGUCUACCAAGCGGAGUUGAAUCAAAAUUGGCAUUAAAGUGUGCGAAGAGUUAACACGCAAUACCCAUCUCUCCAUUUGUUUCUCUUGGCAAAAUAAAGAAGUAAAUGUAAUAAAAGCAUAAAAUAGCGUUAGUAAAGACGCAAUGCGUAUCCCUCGAGACGGAUAGAAUCCACUACCAAGAUAUAUAUAUACGUGGUAUUUUUUAAUGAUUCAGGCUUCUGGCCCAAGUUCAUAGAGGGUAAAACAAGAUGAUACACAAUAUUUACCACGCUCACCACAAGACCUUCACUCAUGCUUGUGUAACCGGGAUGCCCUUUGUUUUAAACAUUUAAUAAACUUAAAUGCUUCCGAUACUCGAUUUAGCCAAACACUUCCAACACCAUACCUAAAAAGAAUAAGGAAUCUGCUAAUCUUAGAUACCCAGUUUUCUUCCCAUCAUUGUCCAGUCGUUCUAACAUUUUGAAAGUUCUCCAUGGCAGUCUAUGCUGCUCCAUCUGUUAUUUUUAUCCAGUAUCUCACACAACUUAUGUAUAUGUUAAAGAAAAGUGAGCAUUUGGAAGAUACAUGUACAUGUACCCACUUUUCGUAUAUCAUCAUGUGCCCACACUCAAAAUCUUUUCACUUCAGAUGUAUGCACUUUUUUCAAUUUCCAUACAAACUUUUUCACUUAGGCCCCACACUUCUACUCUAUAACAUUAGAUUGAUCUGACUUGCAUAUGUAAUAACCCAUUCACAGAAUGGUUGCUUAUCUUGUAUAAUGUAUUAAUAAUGCAAAAUUCUUCUCUAUUGGGCGUAGCAGUUAGGUCUUCAGAUGCACGGGAAAACCUUAGCCCAGUGGAGAAAUAAAGGUCUAAAUAUUAAUGUGUAUUAAUCACAUUCAUUAUACUUCCAUAAAGCCAUUUUUCAUUCGUUGCUAAGAAUACCUUUUUCUAAAAAACAACAAAAUUACUCUUAUUUAGCUUAACAUUUAGGCUAAGCGUUUCUGAUGCUUUAUGUAAUGUGUUUAGUUGAUUCUAUAAUCCUAUGUUUUUGACAUCAAUUCAGUAUCAUCUGAAAAUAAAGUGAUAAAUAUUUCCAUAAAAUCAUAUGAAAAAGUUGCCCAUGUUUUCCAUUUUUCAUGCUUUCUAAAGCUAGCUCAUUAAUAAAAAGCGAGAAAAAUAUAGGGCUACGCAUCUCCUUGCUUAGCACCCUUUGUACACUCCGUGAAGUAGCCUCCACAUUUGACACGGGCAUUAACCGAUUGGUACAUAUUUUGAAUGCUUUUGUGUAACUUUCCACGCUGUAUAUCCCCGAGAGAGAGAAAGAGAAAGGUUUUAGAAAGAAUUACCUCCCAUAAAAUUUGCCAGUUCUGUAAGUUUUGCCUUUGUUAUCUCAGUAGGGGACUGCUGUCGUUCAUAAGUUCCAUUUUGUCUGAGAUCAGACACGGGUAUUUGCAGACCAGGUUUAUUAUUAAGAUAAUGUUAUGGCCAGAUUGAUUGAGACUCAAGUAGCUGAAUAGAUUAUGACUUAAACCGUAGUUAAUAGUUAUCAAUAGUGAGGAUAAGUUUAAGGAAGAAUUCAGAAGGAGCUGUGUCGUGUAGUCAAAUUAUGAACCUAAAACAGCACUAACAGUGGACGGGCAGGAAGCCACUGACCAAUACUUCGAUUAACUCCCACUAUGUGGGCUUAACACAUUUCCGAUAAUAAGAUCCAAUAACAAGGAUUUCCAUUCUUGUUUCUCUGGCCAAAGACAGCCCCUUCUCGAAGCUUUAUGAAAUAUUUGCUGAUGCUGAGACGUUUUUGGAUCGCUAUAUGUAUUGUAUUUUUCGUUUUGUUUUCCCGUUUUCUUUCGCAUAAUUUUGGCUUUUUUGCCACCCUUGAUUUUGCAAUGAUUUUUGAGUAUUGUAAGGACACAGUAGCUUCGGGGAAGAAAGUUAUUUUGACUUUUUAUGAGAUAUGAAAAAGUAAUAAACCAUUAAUUUUUCAGUACCAUAA